AUGAACUAUGGCCUUAUCAACUUGGCCUCUGAUGACGAAGCACCAUCUCCGAUUCCAAAUCCAUCCAUUCCCAUCGAGGGCAUGAUUGGAGAAGGUGAUGAAGAAGAUGUGGCUCUUUUCCUGCUUGCUCUCACCAUGGCCAUGUCGAAGCGCAGCCGCAUUGUGCAGAAUCUGAAUGAAGAGUACCACAAUUUGUUCGCAUCCUACCCUGACCUGUACUGUCUCGUACCUUCACCAAUCAUGGUCUAUCCGAAGAGAGUUUGGGAGAGAAAGAUGUACCGGGCACGUGCCAUCUGCCGCGGCAUGCGUCUUUGUGAUGAAACAGGGCAACGCUCUGACCUUCACAACUUCAUUUUGAAGGAGUAUGAAGAGAUUUUGGACAAAUGCACCGCUUUUCGUGUCUGCCUCCCGGACCCCGCAGAAGACAUCGCCGACACUGAGUGGAUGAAGGAAACCCUUCUCAUCCGAAACGCGGAACUCAAGCGGCCAGCGUCCACCAAGAGCUCGACGUGGAACAAGAUCGCCUACACCCGUGACAAGGCCAAGGAUGAGACACGCAUGGAUCGCACCGCAGUGCCCGUGGAUGCUGGGCAUACAUCAGUCUUCACCACCUCCACCCUUUGUUUGUUGAUGGCCGCGGCGCUGGUUUACGUCUUUGUCCACCCAGUCAUUGAAGAGUGGGAGACUCGUCUCUGCGACUUGCGUAUGAAAUGGGUGGUGACAAAGGAAAAGGAAAUUGACUUCGGGGCUGGAAAGCCCUGGAGCGAUGUGGAGGCUGAUGAAGCCACUUUUGACAGGAAAGACCUAGCAACAGAUGCUCCAGACCCAUCCAAGUGUGUCUUUUGGGAGCAAUGGUGUGGGCCAUCGUCUGACGCCUGCAUUGGCUGCUGCUCGAGCUCCAGGGCCAGGGGCCAUCGGAAUGUGGAAUGGAAGCCCAUUGCCGAAAAAUGGCUUCAAAACAAAAAGGUGAUCCUUCACACAGAUGCCGCAAAGAGCCAUCGAGCCCGAGUCCCUGGCGUCUUGCACGACAAUGUCGUGCGCUGCAAGCAGCGCGUCAAGGUCAUCGAAAGGGCCUGGCGAUAUCUCAAAGAUCGGAUUGUCUUGAACCAGAGCUGUACAGCAGGUUCGAAGCGCCUUCGCUCCAAGUUGCGUUCGGCGCAGUACCUGUACUGGUAUAGACAGAAAGAUCUUUGGGUAGCGACCGGAGAGCUGUGCGCUUGGGAAAUGAGAAAUUUCCUAAGAACAGCGUAG